AUGACAGUCAUAUUCGUUGUUUUUGUGUCGUUUGGCUGUGUUUUCUUCUUAGCACUCCCCUUAUUUGCUUUAUGUUACAUCCUAAAAAAGUCUAAAUGCAGCAAGAUGGCUGAAAAAGGUGAAAUUGUGCAUCUCGAUGAGCAUUUGAAGGUGACUGAGAAUGUUUUGCAAGGUCCAAAUGGCAUGAAGUUAGUUGCAAUUACAAUUGAUGAUGAUUUACAUGCUGAUGAAGAAGAAGAAGAAUGCAGGAAGAAUGAGAAACUUGGAAAAGACCUCCAUUAA